AUGAAAAAAUUGGGAUUUCUUUGGGUUCGAAUCUUUCCCGAUAUACCAGUGACUACCAAGCCGACUGAAAAUCGUAUGGGUAAAGGAAAAGGAUCUGUUUCUUUUUGGGUAGCGAAGAUUAAAAAAGGUCAAAUUUUAUAUGAAAUUAGUGGUAUUCCGUUAGAAAGUGCAAAAAAAAUUUUAAAAGCCGGUGCAAAGCAUACCGCUCAUAACGGUAUUGUUGUGGGUUCAAGUCCCACUAAGCCUAAUUAA